GCCAGCCGACUCUCUCUGAACACCAGAGCGUUUCGGCAGGUAGCGCAAAAAACCACCCGCCCCUACGAAAAAGAAAGCACAGUCUCGCGCUACGCAUUCCCCCACACUUUCACGCGAACCUUCUCGACUACCUCAGCAGCAAAAGGAAAGAGCUCGCCGCCAAGAUGCCGCGCGCCACCGGAGGCAUUCUCAUUGAGUGCGAGCCGGCCAUAAAGUCCAUCAUCGUGCACUUGGACAGCCUGAGCGGCAACGACUUCAUCAUUGAGGAUCUCGACGAGCAGCACCUACUCGUGAGACCCAACAUGAUUCACAUCCUGAAAGCACAACUCGAUGAAGCAAGUCUUACCGGUUUCUCGCGGUCUUUUUUGGAUAUUGAAUUUUUUUUAUGGAUACAAGCUUUGUCUAACCUUACUUUCUUGCCUUUGUUCUCAGCGACUCAAGGAAACAUACCGACCAGAGGAGCCGCUGGCAGACAGCGAAUAGGGUACCGAUAGAGCCUGGCUGCGCUUCUUUGGUUUGGGUUGUUUGACGUCGAGCGAGGAUGGCGCUCUGAAUUUUCGGAAGAGGAUGGCGAGGG